CGUUGCGAAGCGUAGUGUGUGGGUCCACUGUCAACAACGUAUACGAUAUUGAGAAGCAGGUGAAUGCCGGCUUAACAAACUUUCUACGCUCGGAGGAUCUCCGAAAACGAUAGUGUCACUUAGAAGUUUCAAGACAAGUAUAUAUCAUCGACAGGGUUUGUUUGAUUACAACUCCUAGCCUCCACAGUACCACCUGGAAAACAAGCCAUGGCAACUGCGGUGCCCAAAGUCUCCAGUGGUGGCGCUGUUAAGAUUCGCUUUUCAAGCCUAGAACUGGGUACCACCAAGUGGAAAGAGGGAACGUUUGAGAUUCUAGAAAAGGACAACAAAGUUAACCUUUAUCUACGAUUCAGCAGUGGUGGAUCUUGCAAAACCUUCCAGCUAAACCAGAAUGUGAAGAAUGUUACCCAGAGCCAAACUCGAAUCAUGCUUUUCUUGAAGGACACCAGUGUCAUUAGCCUGGAUAAGAUGCCCCAGACUUUGUUACAGAAGACUAAGGAAUAUCUGGAAAGACUCAAGCAAGGAAAGCCAGUUUUAAAAUCAUCCCAUGGAAGUGCAAACUUUAGUGUGCUUGCCAACCGCUCUGCGAAAAAUGACAGCAGUCCUUCAGGAGAGCGACAGACGAUGCCAAGGCGACAAAGUGCAGAAGGCCGGGAGGACACGACACCGCGGAAGCCUCUUGGCAGCCCAAGCAGGGCAGCUUCUACUCCCACCCGCGCUGGACUCACCGAGAAUAGGAAUGAAAAAAGGAAGCGUAUUCUUAAUUCUGAAAGUGACCUAACUGAGGACUACCCAAAGGAAAAUGACUCUUCAAGCAACAACAAAGCCAUUUCAGACCCAUCAAGAAAGUUUCUACUGAGCUGCAAAGAUAAGCUGAAGCAGGCAGAAGAGAACAGGAGCUCAGCCCCACUGGGUUUAACUCCCCUUCAACCAACGUUGUUUUAUGGCAGCCGAUCUGUGACUAAGGACUACAGCCAGAGCCACUCUUUCCUGGACAGGCCUUCCAGUACAGCACAGACCCCAACAGCUAAGAGAAGUCUCAUGCUUCCCAACCACUCCACUCCGUUCAAGAAAGUACGUACCUCUAUGGACUAUGGCGGCUGGAACAAGCAAAGGCCUUCUACUCUGACACAAACUCAGCCCCCACUGCAAGGAUUCUCUAAUUUGGGCAAUACAUGCUACAUGAAUGCCAUCCUUCAGUCCCUCUUCAGCCUCCCCUCCUUCUCUAAUGACAUGCUGAAGCAAAGCAUCCCGUGGAAGAAGGUUCCCAUCAAUGCAUUGCUCAGGCGCUUUGCGCACCUUAUGAUAAAGAAGGAUGUGGGCUGUCCAGAGACAAAGAAGGACCUUUUAAGGAAAGUAAAAAGUGCCAUAUCUACCACAGCAGAGCGUUUCUCUGGAAAUAUGCAGAAUGAUGCUCAUGAGUUUCUGAGUCAAUGUUUGGACCAGUUGAAGGAUGAUGUGGAGAAAAUGAACAAGAACUGGAUAACUGAAGCUGCAUCAUCCUCUGCGUCAUGUGAGAAUGGCCAGGAGUCAGCAAUCAUAGCCAAGGCAGAGCCUGGUGACGAGGUGGACACGUCUCGUGUCUACACCUGUCCUGUGGCAGUAAAUAUGGAAUUUGAAGUGCAGCACACAAUUACCUGCAAAGGCUGUGCUGAGGUGGUAACCAAGCGAGAGCAGUUCAAUGACUUGUCCAUUGACCUCCCACGCAGGAAGAAAACUCUCCCACUUCGCUCUAUUCAGGAUUCUCUAGAUCUCUUUUUUAGGAUGGAGGAAAUUGAGUAUUGUUGUGAAAAGUGCAAUGGGAAAACGGCGACCGUUACACAUAAGUUCAGCAGACUUCCCAGAGUGCUCAUCUUACACCUCAAACGGUACAGCUUUAAUGCCCAGCUGUCUCUGAACAGCAAGCUUGGCCAACAGGUUGUGAUUCCCCGAUAUCUGACCCUGCUCUCCCACUGCACUGAAUCCACUCGACCCCCAGUGUGUGUUGGCUGGAACUUCCAGGUCUCCAUGUCCAGAACACUGAAAACAUCGCAAACAGUCAACUCAUCAACCUUUCGACGAAUUGCAGGCAAAGUGGCAAACUCCAGCUGCACCCCUGCCUUUAUGGACUCUGACUGUGAAGAGGAACCCAACAGAAGAGUGAAUGUGAGCAGAAAGCGACGCCUCAGCAGCUGCCUACCUGACAACGAUGACCGGCCAGAAGAGCGGGGAGCAGCAAUGGACUCUGCAGAUUUAAGUGGCAUUAAUGAUGACGAGAUGCUGGCAGCAGUGCUAGAGAUGAGUCGUCAGGAGGCUGGUCUCUCUGCACCGCCCUCUUUGGAGGAUGAGCCAACCAGCAGCCCAGACACAGGGUUUGGCGACACAGAUGCUCACGACCUGUCUUAUCACACAGAUCUGCUGGAAACAGACAGCAAACAACCUGCUGACAUGCUGGAUUCCUUAGAUUUGACCAUGGAUGAGAACAAGGAGAACCAGACUCCUGAAAGUGUCCAACAGCAGGGGGAGCUGGACUGGGUUCAGCAGUACAAUCUAGAUCAAGAGAGGGAGGAGCAGGAGCUGCAGCAGGCCCUAGCCCAGAGCCUUCAGGAGCAUGAAGCCCAAGAGAUGAGAGAAGAUGAUGAUCUGAAGAGAGCCACCGAACUGAGUUUGCAAGAGUUUAACAACUCUCUGCCUGAGCUUCUGUGCUCAGAUGAUGAUUCUGGCAAUGAAGAUGUGCUGGAUAUGGAAUACACUGAAGCAGAGGCAGAAAUCCUUAAGAGGAAUGCUGAGAGUGGGGAGUUGGUCAACUCUUUCAGACUCAUCAGUGUUGUCAGUCACAUUGGGAGCAGCUCCUCUUCUGGGCACUACAUCAGUGAUGUGUAUGACAUGAAGAAGCAGGCAUGGUUGACCUACAACGACCUAGAUGUUUCACGCACGCAGGAAGCAGCUGUCCGGCGGGAUCGGGACCGCAGUGGAUACAUCUUCUUCUACAUGCACAAGGAUGUGUUUGAACAGCUGUCAGAGAUGGAGCGAUCUGGAGCCAGCAGCACUGCAGAGGCAGGAAGGAAUGUCCUGCAGCCCCUCUGAGUAUUACUGAUGCCGUCCAUUUUCAGUGCUCCUCAUCAACUUCUGUUUGUCUAAAAAUCUGUAAAUACUAGUAUCAGUUGGCACUUAUAAAUGCAUAAGAUACCAAAAGUGCGGAUAAAAGCAUUCAGUGGCUCAAUUAUUGUCUCUAUAUUUUUGGAGCUGCAGUUUUUCUUUACUGGUUUUAUCAACUAAUUGUUUGUAAUGGAUUUUUCUUUGUUUGAUGAUACACCUAUUUAAACUUUAAUGCCAUUCAUUCAAACUUUGAAAGUAACUAUCAAACACCAGUUGCUACUGGUACUUCAUGGAAUAUAUGUUUUGCAAACCCUUUAUUUACCGUAUGAACUAAAUAAAGAUAUAUUCUAUGUUGGAGGAUAAGCUACUAUAGAGUUAGAGGGUUAUUGCAUUUAGCGGGUACAUUGCAAUAUUUAUGUUUUGGCACAAACUGGGCAAAUAGCUUGCUCUCACAAUGUGUGAAUAUUUUACCAGUUGCUUUUUGUGCUUGAGUUACAGCAGAUUUGAGUGCGUGUCCUUCUCUAUUUUAUAGAUCUAGUAAUAAGACUAAUUGAGCUCUAUAGUAUAAAUUUUACUGAGCUUUUUUUUCGAGUAAAGCCCAUUUUAUUCAUUUGGGGUUUUGACCUUGUGCCUCCCAAGAGAACUUUUAUAAAUGUGUAUACAAGCUUUACUUUGAAAGUUGCACAACCUUACUGUUUUGGGAUAAGUUUGUCCUUAAUGUACAAGUUAGAGUUUUCUAUUUAUUGCAGAAUAGUGUUUAUCUUAACUAGUUCAAAAAAGAUAGGCCAUUCAUUAAUACCACAUUUACAUUAAAGUGUAAUGUCAUAUUCUUUAAUGUCAAAUAUCUGGUGACCCUGUGUAAAGUUUUAAAUGAGUUGUGCUGCUUGUAUAUAGGAUGAGGCAGGAACAUGUGGUAGUCCUGUACUAGGUAUAAUACUACACACUGACUGUACAGCUUUUACUUCAAUACAACUUGCUGCCACUAUCGAAACAGAAUUCUACUGCGCAACAUGGUGUGUUUGCUGUAUAUAUUCAGAUCACACGAAUAUUUUCUUUCCACAAAAAGUAGAAUCAUCAGUAGAGCGUAUUAAAAGAUGAGUAAUUAGAAUUCAGUGUGGGAGAAAAGAAGGCAAUUUAUUAGCAAACCUUCCAGAAGUACAGUAUUCUGUUGCAUCAUACAUAAACUCAGUUAUGAUUGUCUUAUUCAUAAAUUAGACUUUUGUCCAUGUCUGUAUAACAAGGUGCGUUCUUGAACAUCCUGUCCCAAAUCCAGUGUGAAGAAGGCAAAAUGUGUUUGUGAAGUAAGAAUGAAUUGCUUUUCUACCCUUCAUAUAUGACUGACUCUUCCUAAACAGAUUUUAAUAAAAUAUUUCAGUGAAAGUGAA